AUCGCUAUAUGCAGGAAAUUGGAGCUCUUGUAGCACUAUUCUGCUUAUUUCAUGCUUGUGUUGGCCUUCUUUUACCUUCACUUGCCAGAUUGAGGACUAUGUAUAUACCAAAUGAGUUGCGUGGAGGGAUGACGAGCCUUUCUCUAGCCCCUGCAAAUGCAGCAAUUCUAUUUGUCCUAUUGCAGGUUUCAGUACAUGGCUAUAUCGGAUGAAAGGCAAAGGAUCAUGCCAACGCCAUUGGACCGUGAAGCUGGCCUAGUCCUUGACUACCCUGAAGCUGUUCUCUUGACAAAUCCAAGCAAUCCAGAAAUCGCUGGGGAGGUGGAUGAUAAGUACCAAUAUUCAUGUGAUGACAAAGACAAUCGGGUUCAUGGGUGGAUAUGCUCCAACCCGGCUGUUGGAUUCUGGACGAUCACACCCAGCGAUGAGUUCCAUAUAGGUGGCCCUGUCAAGCAGGAUCUCACCUCGCAUGUUGGCCCAACCACCUUAUCUAUGUUUUUAAGCACCCAUUAUGCUGGGGACAAUCUGACAUUAAAAUUGCGAGAUGGCGAGCCAUGGAAGAAGGUGUUUGGCCCUGUUUUGAUCUAUCUAAACUCAGUUUCAGUCGAAGAGGAUGCCCUAACACUUUGGGAAGAUGCCAAAGAACAGAUGUUGAUAGAAACCCAAAGCUGGCCAUAUGAUUUCCCUCUUUCAGAAGACUUCCCUCAUGCUGAUCAACGGGGUACAGUUAGUGGUAUAUUACUAGUCCGUGACAAGUACAUUAAUGAACAACUUAUGACCGUGAACUUUGCUUUUGUGGGGUUGGCUGCACUAGGAAAUGUUGGAUCAUGGCAAAGAGAAAAGAAGGCACUUUUCUGUGGAGAUUUUAGCCUUUAUGCUGAAUUAAGAUCAACCAGAAAUGAUUAA